AUGGAUAAACUCGUCCGCGAACGAAAAUCGCUCGAACCGCGAUUAAAACGUAUUUCGGAAGCAUUGGAGAAAUUAAGAGGCACAGAUGCCGAAGAAGUUGAUGUGCAAACCGAACUAGACGCCCUAAAUGAGGUUUGGGCUGCUUUUUGUGCCGUGCAUAAGAGAAUACUAGAUGUUGGUGAGGACGAUAAAGCCUAUGAAGAUGCGGUGCAGCAGCAGGCGAGAUUUGAAUCGUACUACAUUACAUUGAAAAAUCGUUUGUUGAAAAUUCUGAAAGCAGUGAAAGAUCGCGAUAACGCUGCAACUGAGCGUGCUGCCCAGCCUGACAUUAUAAAGCAGCUUGCCGAUCAACAGGCAGAAUUGCUGCGCAUGAUGUCUACAAGCAUGGCCGCGCCGUCCAUUGCUAGUGCCGUCACCCACCCCAACGAAGCUACAACUACAUUGUCUGACUUAAAGUUGCCGCGUAUGAAUAUGCCGGUCUUCAGUGGCAAUUACCUAGAGUGGCAAUCUUUCUACGAUUUGUUCGACAGUUUAGUGCAUAAAAAUGUGAUGCUAAAGGACAGUCAGAAGCUCUAUUUCCUGAAAACGAAUUUGGCUGGUGAAGCGGCUUCCUUGAUUUCGCAUUUAAAAAUAGAGGAUGCUAACUAUCGAACUGCGCUGGACAAGCUAAAAACCAGGUACGACAAACCACGAGAAAUCGCUAAUCAACAUAUAAAGCGAUUCUUGGUUCAGCCUACGCUUACGUCACCGUCUUCAUACGGUCUACGAUCAUUGCAUGACGUAUCUGAUGAGGUUAUAAGAGCUUUGCAGGCGAUGAAUAGGGAAGAUCGAGACACGUGGCUUCUUUACAUUCUCAGCGAAAAGAUAGAUCCGGACACAAAGCAGUUGUGGUGCCAGAAGAUAGCCGAAAUGGAUGAAGAAAACAUCAAUCUGCAAUGCUUUCUGAAGUUUAUAGAAUCUCGGAGUUUCGCUCUUCAGUCAUCUCAGCCUCCGAGAACAAAAACUAAUGUGCCCUUCAAACAACCUUCAAAAUUUCAACCUCCAUGCAAAAGCGCUAGCGCAUUUGUUGCCACGAAUAGUACGUCCUGCAACGUAUGCAACAAACAAAACCACCAAUUAUAUCAAUGCGGUAAGUUCCUUCAUAUGAAUCACGAGGAUCGAAUCACUCACGUUAACCGUAUGAAACUUUGCAACAAUUGCCUGAAAGUUCAUCCCGGUGAAAGAUGCCAAUCAGGUACGUGCAGAAAGUGCAAUUCAUUCCAUCACACUUUACUGCACCCGAAUAUGCCAUCCACAAACACACACUCCACCGGUCCAGCGGUCAUGGCCCCGGCAAAUCCAGGACUUUCAGCCCAGUCUUUGAUUUCGGCCCUCGACUCACCAAACGGUCCCGAUGCAUCGAAUGUUCUUCUUGCCACCGUCGCUAUCAACGUGCUGGAUAGCCAUGGACGUCCGCACGCCUGCCGUGCCGUUUUAGAUUGUGCUUCCCAAGUCAAUUUUAUCAGCGAUAAAUUGUGUAGGCAACUCCGUCUCAAAACGCAAGCAGCCGACCUGAACCUCGAAGGCAUCUCAUCUACCCCAGCACACGUUGACAGAUGUGCCGAUAUAACCAUCUCCUCACGAUGCACCGAUUUUCGCACAUCCACGUCGUGUAUGGUGUUAGAAAAAAUCACCAAAAUGCUUCCUUGCAAGCCUGCAAAUAUUGUAGAUUGGCCUAUUCCCGGAUCAAUUCAUCUGGCUGAUCCACUAUUUCAUCGUCCUGGCGAGGUAGAAGUGCUACUGGGAAUAGAACUCUUUUUUCAGCUGCUCGAGCCUGGUAAAAUCACCCUCAGUACCGACGGCACUCUACCUACACUACAAAACACUAAACUCGGCUGGGUAGUAGCUGGCCGUUACAACAAGGUCAAUAAUUCGUAUGGCUCUCACACUCCGACCUGUCUCCUCGCCUCGACCGAGGAUACUCUCUCUCAGCAGUUACGUAAGUUUUGGGAGUUUGAAGAGUAUCUCCCAGCAUCCAAUCAUCUUACCGAAGAAGAGCAACUUUGUGAAAAACAUUUCUCUGAUCAUACUAUACGAGAUGAGUCAGGAAAGUUUGUCGUUCGUCUCCCGUUUUUACGCGAUCCCACCCAACUAGGUGAGUCGAAGCAGAUUGCUGAGAAAAGACUUCGCUACUUAGAGAAAAAACUCGAUCGUAACCAACAAUUGAAAGAUGAGUACCAUGCGUUCAUCCGCGAAUAUAUCGAUCUUGGGCAUAUGUCACUCGUUAGUGCUACCAACACAGAUAGCAAAUCGGUUUAUCUCCCACAUCAUUGCGUGCUCAAAACAACCAGUUCGACCACCAAAUGUCGAGUCGUUUUUGAUGCCUCGGCAAAGACGACGAGUGGUCUCUCAUUAAACGAGGUGCUCAUGUGCGGUCCUGUUUUGCAAGAUUCACUGAUCAAUAUUUUAAUUCGAUUUCGCUUUCCACCGAUCGUUCUCGCAAGCGAUGCAAAGCAAAUGUAUCGAAUGAUAUGGCUGAACGAGCUUGAUCGUGACUUGCUUAAAGUCUUGUGGAGAUGGACUAAUGAGGAAUGCAUUAAGGAAUAUCGUCUAAAUACCGUCACCUUCGGAACAAAAAGUGCAUCAUAUUUGGCUACAAAAUGUGUGCAGCAGCUUCUAGAGUCGUUUCGACAUCAAUAUCCUGUAGCUGUAGAGAAAGCGGAAAAGGGCAUUUAUGUCGAUGACAUUCUGACUGGUGCUUCGUCAGAGGCAGAAGCAAAAAACUUACGGCUGCAGUUGACUGAAAUCUUUGCUGCCGGUGGAUUUCAUCUCCGGAAGUGGGCGUCCAACAGCGCAGAAGUUUUAGAAGGGGUUCCUGACGCCGAUUUAGAAGUGAAAAUUCCCAUUGAUGGGAAUCCAAACAGCACCAUCAAGGCUCUUGGAAUGCAGUGGCAGCCGUGCAGCGACGAGUUCCAUUUUUCAUACCAGCCAACCGAGAUCCUUCAGUCCACAAAGCGAAUCAUUUUAUCGCAAAUAGCCAGCCUUUUCGACCCGCUUGGCCUUCUAUCACCAAUUAUAGUCAAGGCAAAGCUGGUAAUGCAGCGAAUGUGGGAGCUGAAGGUGGCUUGGGAUGCGACUCCCCCCGGUGAGUUAACCAAAGGUUGGUUAGUUUUGGUGCAAAAGUUUUCGCUUCUCAAUUCUUUUCAGAUUCCGCGAAGGGUAAUCGACAUGCGGAAUUGGUCUCGACUCUACCUGCACGGCUACUGCGAUGCAUCCGACGUAGCAAUGGGUGCUUGCAUAUACAUCCGAUCCGUAAGCGAUGACAACAGAACUUCGUCCCAUCUUCUCUGUUCCAAAUCGAAACUGGCACCAAUAGGCAACAACAGAAUGACCAUACCCCGAUUGGAAUUACGUGCAGCAGCCAUUCUCGCACGAUUGAUGUCAAAUGUGAGAGAAGCUCUUUCUUCUACUGCUUUCCACGAGAUUCGGGCCUUCUCCGAUUCCAAAGUUGUUUUAGCAUGGCUGGCUGGAGGUGCUGCAAGAUGGAAGACCUUCGUGGCGAAUCGCGUGGCAGAGAUCUCGUCACAUCUACCUUAUAUCAACUGGGCUCACGUAGGCACUCUCGACAACCCAGCUGAUCUGGUAUCGCGGGGUGUGUUUCCCGAUCAACUUCAAGCAAACUCUCUUUGGUGGCAUGGACCAAGCUGGGAGGCAACGACGAUAAAUUGCGAAUCACCUUCAAUCGACAAUCUCAAUACAGAUGAGCGACGACAGAUAGAUAGAGAGCAGAGAACUACAGCCGUGGUGUUUUACUGUAAACGACAAUCGUUUUCUGGAUGA